AUGCUACAUUCGCUCUCAGAUAAUAUCGACCUUUUGGAAACUGUUCCAAUUAGUAAUAAUAAUAAUAACAGAACAACAAUUGAUCCAUUAACUCUAAACGAAGUCAGAAACGAGCAAAUUUAUAAUGAAGAAUCCCUAAGCUUCGACAAUGAUAGCAAUGCAAUUUCAAUGGGGGACCCAUUAAUCUUCAAUAACGGAAUGUGGCAAUCGGAUUCUCAAGUAUUUAACCCAUUCCCAUCAUUCUCUUUAGAUUACGUCACUACACAACGUUCAAUGGAUGGAAAUCCAUUAGACUCCAUAGAAUUAUCAAACAUUAAUAGAAACGAUGAUAAUGAUUUGUUCACGACGGAGGAAUCCCUAGACUCGUCGGUCUUGAAUACACCAAACAUUAACAACUCUCCAAAGGGUUCCAUUACUUCUUCUUCAUCGUCCUCUGAUGAUACCGUGUUCUCCACAAUAGCCAAUUUUAACCCAUACAACUAUGAAGAGGAGGAAAAUAACAGUAAUGAUGCAUUCGUUCAAUUUAAAGAUUUCAUUAAUAAUACUCCAUCUUCAUUCUCCUCGGCAUCCAUUGGAGAAGCUCCCUUAUUGACGACGACGGCAGCCACUACUACUUUCUCCCCAUCGGAAUUAAUAUUGAACAGUAGUAAAAAUUCCAAGAGAGCAAAUUCUACAAAUGUGUACCUGGAGGGUGCUCACAAGAAACAUAACAGACAAUCGAAAAAGAGAUCACAAUCCACAUGUGCUGAUUCUAAGAAGGUGUCUGAUUCAAGAUUGUCGGCUCAAGGAUUGGCUAAAGUGUUGAAUCUAUCGUCACCUGAGGAGGCUUUGAAAAGGGAGCGUUUCAUCUUGAAUAUUUUUGAACAUGAUUUGAACUAUCCAUUGGGUUACAAGACUUGGAUCCGUGAUACGACGAAGGAGUAUAGGACGAAAUUGAUUGAAGAACUUUAUCAACGUGUUCAGAAAACAUAUCCGGAAUAUAAUCAUUCCGUAUUGGAAACGAUAAUUAGGAGAGCUACUUAUUAUAUGAUGCAGAGUAGGUUGAGAAGAGAAAGGAGAGCAAAGACUAAGGAUAAAAUUAAGGUGAAAAGUGAAGUAACUUUAUAG